AUGUCAUAUAAGAAUUGUGAAAGAGUCCACAUUUAUAUAGUAGUGAAAGAGUCCACAUGGUGUGUUCCUACCUUGCUGGAUUUAGGAUUUAGUUUUAGUUUCGUGGAAAAGUUCAAAGAGUCGUUUUCGCAUGGCCUAUUGAAAGACUUUGAUUGCCAAAAAGCAAAGUUUAGUGUUUUGAGUGCCCUGCUUCUCUACUUGGAUAUGAAUGAUGAGCUAAAUUGA